AUGACGGAAAAUACACGGUACCGAAACAUGUCUCCCGAUAUCACCAACCAAGUCGACCAAUUGAAGCUCGCGGCGCUGAACCCGGUGCUGGAAGCGACGCUCGCCCAGUGGACGGAGCUGGUGGCCAGCGAUGCUAAGAACCGUGUCGUGCAACACCUGUUCAACAAGAACGCCUUCUUCGACGUCGUCAACACCGAGUACGUCAACGACAAGCGCGACCAGUACUUGUUUAACCACGAGGUCGAAGUUGUCGGGCUGAACAAGUUUGCCAACAACCAGAAGCUGAGCGGGCGGUGCUGGAUCUUCAGCGCCUGCAACGUGUUGCGGACGCGGGUGAUGAACAAGUACAACAUUGCCGACGACAAGUUCCAGUUGUCCCAGCUGUACUUCUACUUCUACGACAAGCUUGAGAAGGCGAACAUGUUCUUGGAGAACGUCAUCGCCACCGCCGACCAGGACGUCGAGGACUUGUACGUCAAGUACAUCUUCCAGACCCCGAUCAACGACGGGGGCCAGUGGGACAUGGUGGUGAACCUCGUCAACAAGUACGGUGCCGUCCCCGUUGAGCACUACCCUGACAACGCCCAGCUGACGGCGCUGGCCCCGCUCAACUACCUCAUCAGCGAGAAGCUUAGGGAGUACGGGCUCAAGUUGAGAGAGUUGGUGCAAACGAACGGUGGCGUCGACAAGGCCCGCAAGGAGAUGAUCGCCGAGAUCCACACCAUCUUGACCCUCACGUUGGGCAAGCCGCCUCUCCCGCUGGAGGAGUUUGCCUGGGAAUUCAUCGACAAGGACAAGAAGUACCACCGUCACGUCGAGACGCCCAAGUCGUUUGCCGACAACCACCUCGACUUCGACGUCAACCAGUACUUCUCGUUGAUCAACGACCCGCGGAACCUGUACAACCAGUUGUUCACGGUGGACAAGCUCAACAACGUCGUCGACGGCAAGCCCGUCGAGUACGUCAAUGUCGAGAUCGACGAGAUCAAGCGGGUGGCGAUUGCCAUGAUCAAGAACAACGAGCCCAUCUUCUUUGGGUGCGACGUCGGCAAGUUCUCCGACCGCAAGUUGGGGAUCUUGGACACCCGCGGCUACAACUACACCGACGUGUUCAACACCGGGUUGAACAUGCUGAAGGAGCAGCGGUUGCGCACGGGGCUGUCGCUCAUGACCCACGCCAUGGUGAUCACGGGGGUCCACUUGGUCGACGACAAGCCGGUGCGGUGGAAGAUCCAGAACUCGUGGGGCCACGAGCGCGGCGACAACGGCAACUUCACCAUGACGGACGCCUGGUUCGACGAGUACGUGUACCAGAUCGUCACCCAGCGCCAAUACGCCGGCGACGACUUAUACAAGGUGUGGCAGGGCAAGGAGUACCAAGUGUACCCCAUCUACGACCCCAUGGGCUCCCUCGCCUAA